CCCCGGGACGGAAGCUCGGAACCGGAACCCCGAGACGGAACCGGGACGGAUCGUGUCCUCCUCGUGUCACAUGAAGCGUGUCUGAAAGCAGGACAUGUCCACCAUGGUGUACCCACGAGAAGAAGCCCUGGAGCGCCUGAGCCAGGAUGAGAUCGUCCUGAACACCAAGGCCGUGAUGCAGGGUCUGGAGACCCUCAGGGGGGAGCACGCCCAGAUCCUCAACUCGCUGCUGGACUGCACCACGCCCGCCGGCGCCCAGGAGAAGUCCGGCCUCCUCCGCAAGGGCCUGGAGGCCAUCGAGCUCGGCCUGGGAGAAGCUCAGGUGAUCGUGGCCCUGUCCAGCCACCUGAGCGCCGUGGAGUCGGAGAAGCAGAAGCUGCGAGCCCAGGUGCGGCGGCUCUGCCAGGAGAACCAGUGGCUGAGGGACGAGCUGGCCGGCACGCAGCACAAGCUGCAGCGCAGCGAGCAGAGCGUGGCCCAGCUGGAGGAGGAGAAGAAGCACCUGGAGUUCAUGAACCAGAUCAAGAAGUUCGACGACGACGUGUCUCCGUCCGAGGAGAAGAGCCAGGGCGGAGGGGGGGGCGGCGGAGGAGGAGGAGACACCUCCAAGGACAGCCUGGACGACCUGUUCCCCAACGACGACGACCAAGGACCAGCUCCGCCCACCGGCGAGGUGGCGGCCCAGCAGGGGGGCUACGAGAUCCCGGCCCGCCUCCGGACCCUCCACAACCUGGUGAUCCAGUACGCGUCCCAGGGUCGCUACGAGGUCGCCGUGCCGCUGUGCAAGCAGGCGCUGGAGGACCUGGAGAAGACGUCUGGACGGGACCACCCGGACGUGGCCACCAUGCUGAACAUCCUGGCCCUGGUCUACAGAGACCAGAACAAGUACAAGGAGGCGGCCCACCUGCUGAACGACGCCCUGGCGAUCCGGGAGAAGACGCUGGGGAAGGAUCAUCCCGCCGUGGCCGCCACGCUCAACAACCUGGCCGUGCUGUACGGGAAGAGGGGCAAGUACAAGGAGGCGGAGCCUCUGUGCAAGAGGGCGCUGGAGAUCCGAGAGAAGGUUCUGGGGAAGUUCCACCCGGACGUGGCCAAGCAGCUGAACAACCUGGCUCUGCUGUGCCAGAACCAGAGCAAGUACGAGGAGGUGGAGUACUACUACCGCCGGGCGCUGGAGAUCUACGAGUCCAAGCUGGGCGCCGACGACCCCAACGUGGCCAAGACCAAGAACAACCUGGCCACGUGCUACCUGAAGCAAGGGAAGUUCAAAGAGGCCGAGUCCCUGUACAAGGAGAUCCUGACCCGGGCUCACGAGAAGGAGUUCGGCUCCGUCAACAACGACAACAAGCCGAUCUGGAUGCACGCAGAGGAGAGAGAGGAGAGCAAGGGGAAGCGUAGGGACUCUGGCCCGUGUGUGGAGUACGGGAGCUGGUACAAAGCCUGCAAGGUGGACAGCCCCACGGUGAAUACCACCCUAAAGAGCCUGGGGGCGCUGUACCGUCGCCAGGGGAAACUGGAAGCAGCCGAGACCCUGGAGGAGGUCGCCAGCAAGUCACGCAAACAGGGCAUCGACGCCAUCAACCAGAGCAAAGUGGUGGAGCUGCUGAAGGACGACCGGAGACACAGCCGGGAGGGGGUCCCCGGGCCGGGGGGGCAGCGGGGGGGCGAGAGCGAGGGGGACGACUCUGCCGAGUGGAACGGGGACGGAAACGGGUCCCUGAGACGCAGCGGCUCCUUCGGUAAGAUCCGUGACGCCCUGAGGAGAAGCAGUGAGAUGCUGGUGAAGAAGCUUCAGGGCAGCGGCCCUCAGGAGCCCAGGAACCCCGGGAUGAAGAGAGCAAGUUCCCUCAACUUCCUGAACAAGAGCACAGAGGAGACCACCCAGGACGCCAGCUCCGGCCUGUCGGACUGCAGAGGGCUGAGCGCCAGCAACGUGGACCUGUCCAGACGCAGCUCCCUGAUUGGCUAGGACAGCAGCGGGAGGCGGGACUCAGCAGAGCGCCCGGGCGGGGGGAGGCGGUCUGCAGCUCGGUUCGAACGAAACAAACGCACCUAAAGCUUAAAGCACCUGCAGCAUCAUCACCACACACGACUCGGCUGCUUCACUGUACAAACAUCGAUCAGAGAAUAUUUAGAUACACAUUUAUGAGCAUGCUGCUUCCAUCGCUGCACCUGAACGCAUCGCUGCACCUGAACGCAUCGCUGCACCUGAACGCAUCGUGGUCACGGACUCGACGCACGUAGCAAAACAUCGUGUCCACAACGUGACGAGUCCGUUUCCUCAUCUACUCGUUUAGCCGUAGCUAGGCUAACUGCUAACCCAGUUCCAGUUGAAUUCAGAUCUGUAUAUUUCACUAGUAGCAUGAAAUAUUCACUGAUGCUAAACAUCAAAUACAGACGGAGAAAAAGGUUGAAUUUGAUUUGUACGAAAGAGAAAAGAAGCAAUCGUCAAAACACACCGCUCAUCAUUUAAACCUCACUUUUUGCCUUGUUUUUUAUGUAUAUACAGUUUUAAGUUAUUGGAUAUUUCGUUCUUUGUAUAUAGUGCAUCUUUCUUUUUGUUUACACUUUAUUGGGUUAGAGUCUAGAAAACUACUGAUCUGAUGAGGGAAGGAGGAGUCAAAGUAAAAUGAUCGUUAAUGAAGUGAAAAGUUUCCAAACUGAUGAAUGUGACG